CUAAAGACCACGGUCUCAUUGCAGCGAGCAUUCAUAACUUUCUCAGCUUCGAGUCCCGCUAGAAGAUGUCCGGUACCCAGACUCCAGUAGCCUAUGAAGUGAGGAUGAGGGGUUGUUGUUUCAGAAACACCGACAAGAUAAAAUUGAAGAAUUCAUUUGUAUGGAGUGCUGUGCUGCUGGAACUUCAGUUCAUUUGGUUCUUAUAUAAAGCUUUUUGUAACAGUGUGACUCAUGGGCCGUCCAGCCCUUUGUGUUGGUUGAAUUUUUAGCACGCCAUCAAAGUCUAUUUUUGUUGUUGUUAGCUAAAACAUUUGUUUGACUAAUUGGAAAGUGCCCAUUUUGAGGCAGUCUAACAAACUGUGGGAGUACACUCCACCAUAACAAGACUAUUUAUGUGAAUUUUUGUAUAAAACAACAUUUCAGAGCUUUACUUUACAUUGAGUGUCAUUUUACGUUGAAUAAUUUGUGUUUAUAUGGGAUUGUUUUGUUGUAUUUGAUCUAAUGACCAUGGAUCGAGUUAGUGUGUGCCAGGUGCCCUCAAGUCCAUCUAAGAGCCAAGGGGACACUGUGGUACAUCCAAACCAACAAAUUCUUAUUGAAGAUGAAGCUACAGCAGGUACAGAGGUCAUGCAUGUGAUUGCUGAAGAUGUGGGUCCUAUUAACCUGCAAUCGAAAAGACAAAGCGUUGGUUUAAAUGGAACUUUUGUAUACUGUGAACAAGUACAGGAAUGUCCGAUGUCUUGGGAGGGGGGGAUAUCGGAUGAUGAAAUGAGUCAGGAGCCAGACUCGAGCAGUAUUAUUCAUGUUCCAGGUAAUUACUUGGCUUAUGACAGACAACCCCCUCCACCACCAGGUUCUCCCAUUUGUACAGUUGAUGAAAACUACCAUCCAGGCAUAACAUGCAAGACAGCUUCAAUGGAAACGGAUGCUGAGCUAGUAAAAACAAAUAACAGCAAUGCAAGUAGCCCUACAUCAACUUCUGGGGACAGAAGAAUUCAUCAAACCCCAUCUUUGUUAUUUGGUAAAGACCAUCCAUCCUUAGGAUCCCCAUAUGUAAGAAACCAGCUUUCGGCUCCUACUCACAAUAGUCCAGUUCAAACUCGUCAUGUGAUCGAAUUUGCAGCUGGACCAUACAGCCAAAGUCCCAGUCCUGUGUUUCCACGACCAUCUAGUAGCUCUAGCUCCAUAUCCUCUCACUCUCCAGGACAGAGUCCAUUGUUAAACAGACAUGUUGGUGGCUUUACUUGUGCUUCUUAUCCCAGCUCUCAAAGUCCAAUUCUUAGUCGACAACCGGUAGGGGUCUCCAGUGAUAACUUUGGUUCUUCUCAGAGAAACAGAAAACAGCAGGUAAGGAAGUGCAAAUUGGAUACAUCCUUUCACUCGCCAAGUCAGAGUCCUAGCCAUGGAAACCAUCACUACCCUGAUGGAAGUGCAAGUUUCUCAUCAAGUCCCAACUCGGCUCAAGGAAGGGGAGGCAUGCUCUCCAGACCCAUUCCUUUUGGUGCUUCCCCUUCGCCUACCUUUGUCCAUCACAGUCAACAAGGUGUUGAUUGUCCAACCAAUUCAACAUAUAAUGGAUGUGGUCCUUUCACCUAUCCAUCUUCCGAACAGACUUCCCCGAUUGCUCAUCAUUCCAGUUUCGAGAUCCGAUCACCAGUUUCAAGGGCUUCUGUAGCAUCCAGUGCUUCAGAUGAAUCAAACACUAGUGACUUUGCUGGGCCGUUUCACCGAUUAUCAGUAGAAAAUGUUAGUGAUGAGAGUCGAGUGCCUUUAAUGACAGAUAUAUCUCGAUGUCCUCUGGGUUCUCCAGGGGCAACUGGGAGCGUAUCACGCCAACAGCUUCUCAGUGGACCUUGUCCUAUCUGUGGAGAUCGUAUCUCUGGGUUUCACUAUGGAAUUUUCUCCUGUGAGAGUUGUAAAGGCUUCUUCAAACGGACGGUACAGAACAAGAAAAACUAUGUGUGUCUACGUGGAGCCAACUGCCAUGUAGCUAUCAACACCAGAAAAAAGUGCCCAGCUUGUCGAUUUAAUAAGUGUUUGAAAAUGGGGAUGAAGUUGGAAGCUAUCCGAGAAGAUCGCACUAGAGGGGGACGAAGCACCUAUCAAUGUACUUAUUCCAUUCCCAGUCAGUCCAUUAAUGAUCCUUGGAAUCGAACAGGAGCAGAAAAUGGGAUGAGGCCUUCCUAUGCCAGCCCAUUAUGUGAUGGGUCAGAACGACACUAUCAAAACCGUGAAAGAGACAGUCACAGUACCUCACCAGCAAGCCAGUUUCCUCCUUGCGUACCACAGCUCAUUCGUGACGUUAUGUCUGUGGAACAUCUAUGGCAUUAUUCAGAAAAAGAAAUGACAAAGAUUUCAGAGCAGUUGGAUGAAAAACCUGUAGAUGGCGAUACUGAUUUUCUGGCAACACUUUGUAAAAUUGCAGAUAACAGACUUUGUAAGAUUGUUAAGUGGUGCAAGAGUUUGCCUCUUUUUAAGGAAAUGCAAAGGGAUGAUCAAAUUGCUCUUCUUAUAAAUUCCUGGUGUGAGAUGCUUCUUCUGAGCUGCUGUUAUCGGUCCAUGUCUACCCCUAAUGAAAUCCUCAUCUCUCGAGGCAGGCCUGUCACUUUACAGCAGGCCCAAGAAACUGGUCUUAGCCCCGUGAUUGAACGAAUGAUGAAUUUGACAGAACAUUUGCGUAGGCUUCAAGUAGAUCAGCAUGAGUUUGUGUGUCUUAAAGUCAUCAUCUUAUUGACCUCGGAUGUUAGUGGCUUGAAAGAACCAGAUAAGGUCCGAACCUGCCAGAAACAAAUGCUUGAAGCACUCCAAGCUUACACUCGCUCUCACUACCCCCAUCUCCCCAGCAAAUUUGGAGAACUCUUGCUACGAAUUCCUGAACUGGAGAGAGCCUGUCAGGUUGGCAAGGAACCGCUGGUUGGUAAACAACGUGGUGGUGACGUGCCUAGUUUCCACCUGCUCUUAGAAUUACUUCGGGGUGACCACUAACUGUGUGACAAAAUAGUCACAGGUGUUAUCACCUUGUUGCUGGUGCUGUUAUAUAGUUUUAAAAGGAAAAGUUUGAGAUAAGGCACUAAUUAAAAAUAAUAUCCUUGAAGUUUUAACUAUUAUCGAUCUGCCAGAACUUAUAUUUCCAGUUGUUUUUUUUGUUUGUUUUUCUUUCUUAAAUUUCUUCUUUCUUUAUUUCUUGUUCUUUCAAAAACGUACUUCACUUGUUUUUUACAGCAGAGCAGGCACAAGAGAGAGUUUUAUGUACAUCCAUAUCAUCUGUUUGCAAGAGAUUAAAAAAUUGUGCAUCUUUCAGUUGCACUUUAGUAUCUAUGACCUUAACAUACCCCUAAUAUAAAAUGACUUUCUUGAACGGUAUUAAAUGAGUAAGUUAAAAUUUAUUUUCAAGAUUUGCUACUAAACUCAUUCUGAGAUCUUGGAGAAAUGACACACCUUGCCAACGUUUUCUAGAUUUUGAACAACAGUACACGAUUUCAACAAGGUCUCAACUCUCCCAACUUCUAGGACUAGAAUCCUUGCCUAGCCAGUUUUGGCUGUAGAAAGUGCCUAAAUCUAUGAUAUAAGGAGAAGCAGGAUCAAACCAAGGUUCCAAAAGGCUGUUCUUAGGCAUUGGUGGAAUAUGGAGGAGGAGCAUGACACUUACAUUAAACUGUACAUUGUGCUGUGUACAUCUUUUACUUGAGGCUUGCGUGAUGCAUUCCAAAAGUAUCUUGUCACUUAAGACUUCACACCCUAGCCACCAAAAAAAUCCUAGAAAUCUGUCUCACUGAAACUGAGGUAUGAUCCUUCUUCUGUUGAUUUCUUUCAAGUUUCUUGUGAUUGUCAAGAAUUUCUAUCUUGUAGAACUCUGGUUGAAGAAUAGAGACCUUGUAUGAGACCCUGUGAUGUGUUCUUUUCUAACAGCCGGUUGGUGUUAGCAUUAUAUCUGACAACAUAGAUGAUUAGAAAACAGUGCGUAACCAUUUCCUUCACUUCUCACUGUAAAAAUGUUUAUUAGUGGAUUCCUUUACGUGGUUUGACCUGUUCAAACAACUUAAAAAGGUUUGUUAUAUUUUAACGUGAGCAGUGUCUCUGACAUCACUUAAUGUGAUAUCCAGCUGAUACUCUCAUGUCAUCUGGUUAUAGAAGUGCUGAUUUUUAGCUCAUGUUGCUUGGUUUUAGGAUUUUCUUCUCAAGUAUUUGCAUUAUCUACUUCUUAUUUUUUUCAGUAAUGUCACUGUCUGGUAUCCUUAAAUGAUACUAUUAUGAUGACAUAAUAUUUUACGUUUAGUUUGACCACCUAACAGAGCAAGUAUCACGUGUGGAUAUUUACCCUGUGCCAGAGGUAUGUCCAGUGGGACUUCAUUCCUUCUCUCGAUUCACUCUCUUGUGUUGCAUGGUUCCCUUUUUUCUUCUCUCUCUCCUUAUACUUGUAUCCUUUGUUCUGGCAGAUCAAUCAUCAAGGUGAAGUUGUCCAAGUAUCAAAUUUAGGAUAUUUUCAAUGUGACAAACUUCUCCAUUUAAAAGCCCCCCACCACACUAUAAUGAUAUAUGUAUAAUUUAUGAUGACCAAACUGUUCUAAAUAUCUGUCCAAUGAUAUUUUUCAGAAACAGUUUCAGUUUCUAAACCUACAUUAACAUAACAAAAUAUAAGUUCCAAAAUUAAAGAUCAUGUUUACAUAUAUAUAUAGAUUCAAUUAGUAAUCCAAAUAGUAAAUAAAAAUGUUAUGAGAUGUGCCAAGGGCAGUGCUGUUUGCUGCAGCUGUGUGGUGCCAACAUUAGUUUUUUUUUUGAAGAUGGGUUACAAAAACUACUUAUUAAAAAAACGUGCCAUGCUGGAAAAUGGGUCACAGUAGCAUCAGCACAAGUGAAACCAAAAGUUAUUAGCCAAGAAUCAAAACUUAAUGUUCAAGAAAACAGAAGUUAGUCUUUGUCAUUGAAGAGCCAGGAUUAUUUAAGUUCUAUUACAUGAAAAGACAAUUGGGUUUAAAGUAGUCUAUGCAACACACAUUUAAUACUGGGACUGUGUAUAUCGAGAGGCAGCUGGAUGCACUGUCCGAUUAGUAGUAAAAUAUUUCAAGUGGGGCAUUUAAGCUUUCCAUUUCCACACGUACUACAAUGCCCCCCUUCCAUGCGUGUUGCAAAAAAUAAGAACACUAUAUAUACUAACACCAUUCAUAUAUUUUAUCAAAAACUUUUUUUUUUUACUCAAAACUAAAGUUGUUUAAUAAAAAUAAUUUUCCUGUAUUUGGAUUUAUAGCUAUUUCUGUGAUAAUUAUAGAACAAAAUGUGCUUUAAAAUCUUUUCAACUGGCAACUACUUAAUUAUUGGUUUUUAUGAAAGGUUUCCAGACCAAUGGAAAUGCUAUUUGAACCUUGAACAAUAAUUAUUACAGUAUUAUUAGCUAAAACCUAAAUAUUCAAUGGUGGUGUUCUCCCUCUAACUUGUAAAUUAUUUAAGUAACAUUAUUAUUAUAAAUAAAAAGAAAAGAAAAAAUUCAAAAUCAGGAGUCAUUUUUUUCUUUAAUGCUUAUUUAAUACUACUUAUUCUUAAUUUGGAAGUUCCGGGUAAACGCUGUGAUCAAAGUUCUUACGAUGUUCACUGAUAAUUCACAUUUCAUAAAAAUAAUUACUGCCAUUGUAAUAUUUUCAUCGGAUAAACCUGUUGUCUGGUAACGAAAAAUACAACCUGUGGUCUUCGUUCACUAAAUACAUAAUCAAUGUAUUUCUUGGAAGAAGCGGAGUAGAGGGAGAUAUCUACCUUUGUUACUUUUAUUUUAUUUUGAUUGUCUAUGAUAUGAACUUGGCUACCAAAGAAUGUCAGUACACUUUUUUAACAUUCAAGCUUUGUACGAAAAUAGGUUAGUAUUUAGUGAGAAAUUCAUUUGUUUCAUAAAUUCCAUGCCAUGUGAUUGACUUAUAAUAUCUAAUUUAUGCCAUAUUGGAAGAAGUUUUUUCUUACUAUUACUUGUACGAGUAAAUGAUGGUGUGUAUUCCUUACUUUGUUUUCUCUCUGUAGGGAGAAGAACUGGUUAUUUAAAAACAAAGUACUUGUUUUGCAUUCCUUUUUUCCCCCUUUUUUUUUAGUGUUAUGGUGUUUUGUUUUCUGGUAUUCUGGAAAAGGGUUGUUUUAUGUUACUUUUUUUUUUUACAUUUUAAAAAUGCAGAUUACAGUAUUUUAGUUAACUUCAGUAAAAUAAAGUUACUUUGGACGUAAUUGAAUAUUUGAAAUAUAUAAGUGUGAGGUGAUGGAAGUUUAAAGUGAUAAGUCUUACAAUUUGUAGAUAAUAUUUUAAGUGAUUUAAAAUAUACAGAAUGUCACUCUAGGCAUUAUUUUUUUACAGGGAUUCUGUACCAGUGCUUAGCUUUUUUAAUGAAAAUAAAAUUUUUGUAAGAGCAUUUUUUGUUUGGUUGUUUUUAUUGGUGGUGAAUUUUUCUUAACAGUUUAAGGCAUGGGUUGGCUCUGUGGUAAAAUUCUGGAUUUAAAAUUCAUGUGAUA